UGUGUGUGUGUGUGUGAGAGAGAGAGUGUGUGUGUGAGUGAGUGCGAUACAGAGAGAGGGAGAGAGAGGACUGCCGUUGAGAUUGGACUCUAUCACGUCUUCAUUAUUAGUCUAAAAUGCUUUAGUACCUUAUUAGCGCAGGCUGCCAUUCAUCUGUCCUGUCAGUCAAAGAUUAGUCACGCGGGAUACGUUAAGUUCAGGUCUAGAAAGUGUGUGGCGCAGCUGAAGGCCCAAAAUGCCCGAGCAGAGCAACGACUACCGCGUGGUGGUGUUUGGAGCAGGCGGGGUGGGCAAGAGCUCCCUGGUGCUCCGUUUUGUGAAAGGCACUUUCCGGGACACCUAUAUCCCGACGGUGGAGGACACGUACCGGCAGGUGAUCAGCUGCGACAAGAGCGUCUGCACCCUUCAGAUCACAGACACAACCGGCAGCCACCAGUUUCCUGCCAUGCAGCGUCUGUCCAUCUCCAAGGGUCACGCAUUCAUCUUGGUCUACUCCAUCACGAGUAAGCAAUCCCUGGAAGAAUUAAAGCCCAUAUACCAACAGAUUCUCGCUAUCAAAGGCAAUGUAGAGAACAUCCCCAUCAUGCUCGUGGGAAACAAGAGUGAUGAGACUCAACGGGAAGUGAAGACCGAAGAUGGAGAGGCCCAGUCCAAGAUCUGGAAGUGUGCUUUCAUGGAGACCUCGGCUAAGACUAACCACAACGUCACCGAGCUCUUCCAGGAGCUUCUCAACUUGGAGAAGAAGAGGAACAUGAGUUUGAACAUCGAUGGCAAGCGUUCUGGGAAGCAAAGCAGGGCUGACAAGCUAAAGGGGAAAUGCAGCGUCAUGUAGAGCGCUUGUUAGAGACACAGUGAGAUAAAGCUGAGAGAUAGAGUGAUAACAUAACAAAGGAAAGGAGCUGAGGAGGGGAAAAUGAAUGGAAAUGGUGUUAUUUGACAUUUCAUGCUUAUUUCCGAUAACAAGGAUUUUACUCUGACAUCUCAAAUUUCAUCUUUCACCAUCAGUCUUUGGCCUUAACAAGCACUGGUCUGAUCCUAUUGCCUUGUCUGUUUCUAUUACAUUCAGAAACAUUCAGACAGCAUUGUUAUCGCAUGCUAAAUAGCCCUUUUUGAGUUCAUGAUGCAGAUAUUUUUUAUUAAAUGGUUGCUCCUGCAUAGCUAAAGCAGAGUCAGGCUUUAUAUCAGCUGUGAUAUCCAAACAUAAGACUAAUGACAUUUAAACUUUUGUUUUGUAUAUUUAUUCAAAUGUUGAGCAAGUAGCGUCAGUAUAAGAUUAUAUAACAAUAUAGUCAAACCACCCUUUAAUAUUUUAUUACAGGUUGUAUAGAAUCAACUUUUUAUCUGUUCUCAUAACCUUUGGAUGAUUAGUUCUGCAUGUCAUUACAUCUUAAAAAAUACCAAUCAAUAUUUAGGACAAUGAUUUUUUGUUAAACAUUAACAGCACACGUAAUGCUUUGUAAAAUUAUUUCCAUGCAGUGACAUCAAGGCAGAUCAAAAAUCUGAAAGCAUAUAGAUACUUCAUAUUUCAUGCAGAUGCGCACAUGUUUAUGUAAAGCAGCAAGCACUCCUCGUCAUCUCUGCUUUGCAGUUGCUCAAAAUUGAGACACUUCUGGCAUCCCCAGUAAUUUGGAGUGAGCCAGAAUCUCCAUCUUCUUUUUGUUAUGUUUAUGUUAUAUUUUAUAACUGUUUAAAUGAGACAAUAACAAAUGUCUUCAAUCAGGAAAUGAAUGCAUUUUGCAGGAGGUGUACUUUGGCAGCAAAACCAAAUUGAGGAAGCAAGUCUUCUACCAUAUUUAUAGAGGCUAUAUAAUACGGCCACCUAAAGUGAUUAGAGUUUUAGGAUGAAACCCCCCAUCCAUAUUUUGGCUUGAAACUAUUCAGUUUUUGUGUUCUCAGUGACCCUUAUAGGAAGGUAAGAGAAUGCAAUCGCACCGCAAAUCAGCCUUUAACAAAAGAAAUGCUUCAAAAGGGCCUUGAUUGUAUAGCAUUACAUUUUUAUUUAACCAGCUGAUUGCCUUUGUACAAUGACAUGAGAAAGAGCCCCUUUAAUAUGUUUUUAGGUUGUACUUUACACAUCUGAUGUUAUUUAUCCAUGCUGUGCUGGUUUCCUAGGUUUUGAACAGGGUACACCAGAAAUGAGUAUAAAAGAAAGCUUUAUACAACAUUUCAGAAAACUAUAAUACAGAAAAGACCAAAUUCACAUAGUUUACUUUGUUAGACUUUAAGCAAGAAAUGAAGCAGUUAUGGUGACAUAUUAUAAUCAUAUAGUAAAAAGCUAGGUAUAUUAAACACUCAUAUGGAUGAUAACAUUUUACAUGAGUAAAACCAUACAUUUUAUUUUGGCGCAGGUAGAAAAAUAGCAUUAUAAAUGAGUAGAAGAAUAUAAUACCCCACCCCCUGUAUACAGUGACUAUAAUAUAUACUAAUGAUAUACUGUGACAAGCAUUGCAAUAGUUUAUCAGCUGUCAGUUAAUAUUAUGAUGAUUAAUAUUUUAAUAUUAGUUCCCUGGAUGCCUCACCAACACAUUCAUCCCCUUAAAAUGGUGCUAUAAUUUACCACCUCUCUACUGGUGACAGCGGUUUUGCUCUGCGUAGUUUAUGCAGUCAUAUCAUGAUAAAAAGUCCCCCCUUUUAUCACUCUGCAGAGUUUGCUGAUUUAUGACUUCGUAAUUUACUAAAUUCAGAACAACGCCUAGUCCAUCUAUCGCGACUCUAUUGGAAUCCGUUAUACCUGAAUCUACGUAUCCAAUCUCUAUAAAGCCCACUCAGCUGGCGUAUGAGUCACGCUGCUGAUACCAUCAGAGCCACUGCAAGCUGCACGAGAGGAAAACUGCAGAGCGCCUUGCAUUUUACAUGCAUGGGAAGUCUGCGCUCUCUGUAGAGUGUCAGCUACCUGCCGUCCUUUCGCUUGACUUGCCUCCGCAAUGCCAGUGUCCACCAGUUCUGCUUAUAACAUCAUUUUCUGAACCCAUGUCAUGCACAUUUGAUUGUAUAUAUUUGUAAAUUGUAUGUAAAGAAUACGACACUGCACUGACUCUUGUCGGAUGAACAUGGACAUAAUUCCUUUGAAAGCUCUUCAUGUGCUUGGUUGGAAUCCCAGGGGACUUUUGUGUAUACAUCUGGAUUAUCUUCAUGCAUUUUUUUCAGCUGGUAUCUUAAAUCUGGUUUACACAGUGAGCACUUUAAAUGCCUAUGGGUAAUGGAAUGUACUGUGAAACAUAUGUAAAUGACGACCUCCAUUUCAUAAAUCAAACUGCGCAUGGUCCCACUUGAUGUUUAGCCAGCAUGAGGGCAAGCAACAAAACUGUGAAGUGACUUUUCAACUCUGCAUUUUAUUAUUUUCUUUUUUGUACAAUAUUUUACAAAAGUUUUUUCUUUUUUUAUUAUUAUAGCUAUUAGCUACUACUGUGUAUGAUAUGUCCUUUAGCAAUAGUCUUCCUAAGACAUGGUAUGCUGUGCCCACGCAUCCCAAAUGAAGGAGAAUACGUACUAAAUAUAUAUAUAUAUAUA